UGUUGGGAACAACCGAAUCUUCGUCUCUCAUUGCGCAGUCCAGUUCUAAUUCGACAUUAGCAAUGGCGACGAAAGGUGUUCGUGGUGAUGAUUCCUUUUGGUGUAACUGCUGUUUCCAUGAUAUAUAUGGUCCCCGCUUUCACUGUACUGUAUGCAACGACUUCGAUUUGUGUCUUAUGUGUAAUGUUACUGCCGAGGACAUGCACCCAUGCCAUGACUUGCAGGUGGUAGAGCAAAAGCACGGGGAAAAGCCAGUAUGAAGAGCGUUAGAGAAACACCAGGCCGGUUUUUGAGAUGGGCAAGCUAGAGUCUGCCUGAACGAUUGGGCAUAGUUUGCUAUGCCAGCUUCAUGUGAGAUAGGAACGGAUGGGAAAAGGGACUCCCGAGUCAACCAGCCCAGCGCACAGUCUGUAGGAAAUCGUUAAUUGCGAUAUACCCCAAUUGUUGUCGCGUGGCGUCGAAUUGCAAGUCUUGACG